ACACGAAAGCACCUGGUGUACUACUACCACAGAUAUCAGAAGAUAGUUGUCUUCAGGUUUUUGUACCUCCAAGAGCUCCACCAUCUCCAUCAAAUAUUCAAUAUCCUAUAUUCUUACCCUCGGGCCUGUCCCCUGUCCCCUCCCAAAUGUCACCCCAUUCACCCGCUGCCAUGAGCAACUAUGACGAGGAGUCUUUGUUGCAGGCUUUUGAUGACGACGACGAGGAAGAUGCUCCUCGGCCAAUGGAACAUGUCGUAAAAUGGAAGGCCAUUCGCGAUCAAGCGAUCGUCGUCACAGGCACCACCGUCUACAUUCCUCAGAUAAUAUAUCAGCCAUACACAGAGGCGGAUCGUAUCCGCUAUAUCGAGAAAGUCGAUCUUAAGGAGCCUAUCAUCUUCAGGACGGCACACCCCGACCAAUGGGGUAUAGCACUCGAGGACGCCCUAAGAGCUAAGAUGAAAGAUCUUCUUGAUAAAGAUGACAAUAUGUUCGAGAACUGCGGACCCUCUGUAUCUAUCCGACUUCAGUGGCCCGGGUACCGUGCGUGGACAAAGCAGAUCCCCACAAUGGACUUCAAAAGUCCGAAAGGUCCCAUCACCAGAGCUAAAUUGGCUAAAAACAUUGCAAACUGCGUGAAACGAUUCAUCGAAGAAAAGGAAAAGGAAUGUAUGGAGAUGGAAGCGGACCGUAGGUGGAGGGUCGGAACACGCUACAUCAGGAUGGAGGACCUUAUUUUGGUGUCCCUGCACCACAUCGCCAAGGGCAGUUGGCAGCCUCAGCUACGCCUUCGCACUCCGCUGAGCGAAAUUCAACUCGGCGCCUUCAAGCUCAAGCCCCGCCUUCCAUUAUACAUUGAAGCACGGAAUACCCCACCAGGAUGAUACCGACGGUUUGACUCAGGCGUUAAAACUCGCUUCAUGUCUUUCUUUGCUUUUCGAUGUUUUCUCAAGAUGCUCUAGUUGUUCUAUGGAGCGUACGCUGCUAUAGAAGUACGCUAGAAGUGCUUUACACG